CUAAAGUUAAUCUUUCUGACUUUCAUUUACAAUGAGGGUUAAAAGGUAAAAGAAACAAAAAAUCUCCAGUGCUCCUUUUUCUUCAUUGCGCCAGUCAAGCAACCACCUUUGACCUUUUCCACCAAAAAUUGGAAGAUGGGAUGGGAACAUAUACCAGAAGGUUAGGUGAUCGGGCUGUACCUUUACUCCGACCUCAACCCUCCUUCCUUUCUGCUCACCACCGACGUAGUUCGUUCCCGCCGACCUAACUCCGUGGCGGAAUCUCCUUCGCGCCGCCUACUCUCCUCUGUCCUUCCACUCUCGCUUGAUUCCUUCUAAAGAUCAUGGAAGCGGCGUCGAUCCGUACCGGGCUUCCCCAAACGAGAAUCUCCGUCGCGUCUCGUAAAAUCUCGAGAUUGAGUGGUAAGGUUGGAUCAGUUACAUCGGUAUCUUUCCUGGAGAAUCAAUCUGCCCAGACUUCUCUGGUGUUAAGAGCAAGUCCUGAGAAAGCAGCUCCCUUUCACUCUGGAGCUCGAGGUGGGAGGAGAAAUGUUGUUGCCCAAUCGUUCACUGCUCCUUCUCCAGGUGUCUGCCCGUUCGAUCAGACUUCUUCCACGCAGAGUCAAUCGCAAACUGCUGAAGAGAAAAUCGGUGUGCUGCUUCUGAACCUUGGAGGCCCGGAAACGCUUCAUGAUGUUCAGCCGUUCCUGUUCAAUUUGUUUGCCGAUCCAGAUAUCAUCCGUUUGCCUAGGCCAUUCCAAUUUCUUCAGAAGCCAUUGGCACAGUUAAUUUCUGUUCUCCGAGCUCCUAAAAGCAAAGAAGGGUAUGCUGCUAUUGGUGGUGGCUCGCCUUUGCGUAAGAUAACUGAUGAGCAGGCACUUGCUAUCAAGGAUGCCUUGCAAGAAAAGGACGUGACUGUAAAUGUCUAUGUUGGAAUGCGGUACUGGUACCCUUUUACAGAGGAGGCAAUUCAGCAGAUUAAGAAGGAUAGGAUCACAAGGCUUGUUGUGCUGCCACUUUAUCCACAAUUCUCCAUAUCUACAACUGGUUCGAGCCUCCGUGUUCUUCAGAAUAUAUUCAGGGAGGAUGCAUAUCUUUCGAGAUUGCCUGUCUCCGUUAUAGAGUCAUGGUACCAACGACAAGGUUAUGUAAAAUCUAUGGCUGACUUGAUAGAGAGAGAGUUGCAGAAAUUUUCCAAGCCUGAUGAGGUAAUGAUAUUCUUCAGUGCCCAUGGGGUGCCAAUGAGUUAUGUGGAAGAAGCAGGAGAUCCAUACAAAGAUCAGAUGGAGGACUGCAUUUUCUUAAUUAUGCAAGAGUUGAAGGCCAGGGCAGUUUACAAUGAUCAUACCCUUGCUUACCAGAGCCGCGUUGGACCAGUGCAGUGGCUGAAGCCUUAUACCGAUGAGGUCCUUGUGGAGCUUGGCAAGAAAGGGGUGAAAAGCCUCUUAGCUGUCCCUGUUAGCUUUGUGAGCGAGCAUAUUGAGACUCUUGAAGAGAUCGACAUGGAAUACAGAGAGCUGGCCCUUGAAUCUGGCAUAGAGAGCUGGGGCCGUGUACCUGCUUUAGGGUGCACCUCGUCUUUCAUCACAGAUCUGGCUGACGCAGUUGUCGAAGCCUUACCAUCAGCCAAAGCCAUUGCAACCUCAAGUGGCAGUGCUGAAGAGACCGACGACUACGACCCCUUCAGAUAUGCCAUCAAGCUCCUGUUCGGUUCAGUUUUGGCCUUCGUAUUGCUUUUCUCUCCGAAGAUGUUCCGCGCAUUCAGGAACCAGCUCUUGUAGGAACAAGCAAAUCAUAUAGUGUGUAACAACAUAGCUGGUUUCAGAUCGAGUAUGAAGCUUAGGCAUAGUAGUGAUGCCUUCGGUUUUAGCAUUUGCGUAAAAUAAAUGUUAAGACAGAUUUCGAGUAUAGUUGAAGAGGUAAGAUCGUAGUAUUUUACACACCGUGAACAUUUACGUAUUAAGGUUUGAUUCAUGGUACUAUACUGCUUAGUUCAAGACUUUCAAUAUGACGAAGCAUUUUAUAGUUACUCUAGGAAUCAUGGAGUUGAUUGUGCCAGAAAAUGUCGGCUGCUAGUGUUCCUUUUCCCAGCUGCAUGUGUUCCCUGAAAACAAAGCUUUCAAUUUCAACCAUUUCCAUUAGUACAAUGAAUCGUCUCACAAAUAAAGCAAAAGGGCAUUCUACCAGCAGGACCACCCACAAUACUGCACUUAGUGCCAACAGUCCUGGUAAAAUAGGGUACCCAUCCUUCACUAUCAUCACAGCAAAAUGACAACAGUACAUAUCAACUUGCGUGAGAAGUAAAAACCAUUAUCGUGCAACCAGAAACCAGUGGCUGGUAACAUUUUUGCUCUCUGCUCAAUCAACUUCUUCGCUUGCCGACUUUUCCGCUGACAACCCUCUUACACGAUCGUGUCAAGAGGAAAGAGUACACAACGAACCGACCUGCGAACCAGAUGCUCAGGAACCGAUUGAUGAAACUGAAACAUGAUGCACUCUCGUGUUCGUGGUCCUUUACAUGGUACCAAAACAAUGAAGGGGACAGCAGCUGGUAAAGCUAACAAGAAAAACCACCAUUCGUUCAUCAUAAUGAGACAGAGAGCCCUCAGAAUCAGAGCUUGAGAAAAGCUGAAUGUACCAGACGUCCAGAUUCCCAGACCUACAUCAUUUUCACUUCAGUACAUCUCUUUUGGCCAUCACGGCCAGAAAUUUCCAACCUACUCAGUGACCUAACAUCGGGGAUUGGAUGAUGAUAAGAAACUAGCAUUAGCAUUGAAUGUGAAAGCAAAAGCUCGAACACACCCAGUUCCAAGGAGGCUAGGACAACAUGCACUUCACAAAACUCUCCCUCGAGUAAGGGAAACUGCAACUAUUCUGUCUUCUUUUCUUCUAUCAGUUUCAGUUGAGAAAAAUGUGUUCGAUAACAUGUCCAUCUAAUGAUUUACAACAAAAAAACAAUUUCAAG